AGGAUUUCCCAAUUCAAAUUAUAACUAUUCUUAAAGACUUGGUUAAAGAUAAACUUUUUGCUUAUAUUGACUCUUCAAUUAAGAAAUUUAGAGACACAAAAGAAGUUAAAAAAUUAAGAAUUUAUGUAAGUGAUAUUUUCCGAGUUAUGCAUACUCUUUUUCCUAAAGGUAGUAUUUAUAAAGAUAGUCCCUUUUUAAAAGUAGAUGUUAGUGCAAACUUUUUUCAAGCUCAUAAAGUUCUUUUUCCUUAUGAAGAAAAGCCUUUAACUUGGGCAGAUG